UGGAAUCUAAUAAGAAAGAAAGACAAAUUAUUGCGCUGGCGUGCGCAGUGCAGGGUUUCGGUUGAGAGAGUGAGAGAAGGUCUAAAGUGAACAUUGUAGAGGCAGAUAGAAGUAUUUGAAAAAUGGUAGAAUCAAGAGAGCAAUCAUUCUUUAAGAAGCAUUUGGAAGGUUACAAAGAGUUCUGGAGUGAAAGGUUUCCCGUUCUUAACAACUAUUCUAGAUUCAUCAAGCGUCAUAAACCUCUUCCUUCUUGGUCCUCUUCUGAUGUCGACGAAUUCAUCACCUCCGAUCCCGUUCAUGGCCCCACGCUGAAGACUGCUAGGGAAGCAGUGAACUUUGCUAUCACUGGAAGUGCUAUUGGAGCAGCAUCGACUGCAGGUAUUGCAUGGAAAUAUUCAAGGAGUUUACAUGGCACUGGGUUGUCCUUAGCAGCUGGAGCUGUUUUUGGUUGGACAUUUGGACAUGAAGUUGCCAACCAGUGGUUUCAACUUUACAGGUUGGAUACCAUGGCUGCACAGGUGAAGUUUAUGGAAUGGUGGGAAAGAAAGACUGAGGGAAGGGCGUAAAAUUUGAUUUGCAGUUGAAAGUAGUGCUGAAACUUUGUUUUCCUUUCUAGAAGAAGAGUUAAAUGCUUCCAUGUCCAAAAUGUAAUGGUUGAUUUACUUAUGCAGCUCUGCUUGAUGUUGGAAUUUUGUAUAUUUGGGUUUGAGGGAUUCUGAAUAAUUUUUUCAGGAAGCAAAUUGAUAGAAGUGCAACCCACAGCAGUUGUUCCUAUUAUUUCCCUUAA